UUUCAGGUAAUGACAAAACAAUCCAUAGUUAGGCUACAUCGUACCACACAAUUUAGCUCCAACAAUUAACCAUUAAGUAUCAAGCAUGUAUCUUUGAAUUACUGUAUUUAUGCAUAAUGCGAUUACACCAUUUUCCCCCUUUUUACAGCAACCCUCUUAGACUGUAAGGAUCUUCGUAAUGAUGGUAACUCUAUUUCCGGGGUGUACGACAUUUACCCGUAUCGCACCAUUAUCAUGCCUGUCACUGUGUUCUGUGAUAUGACCACAAUGGGCGGGGGAUGGACGGCAAUUCAAAAACGAGUUGAUGGAUCCCUGAAUUUCUACAGGCUCUGGAAGGAUUAUAAAGAUGGUUUUGGUGUCCCAGAACAGGUUUACUGGAUAGGAAAUGACGUAAUUCAUCUGUUAACAAAAGAAAACAACUCGUUCCUGUAUGUUUCCAUCACUCUCGAGAAUGGUACAAAGUUGUAUGAAAUGUACGAUCGAUUCUCUGUCUCUGACGAAGCAGGAAAAUAUCAACUCUUUCUUGCAGGACCUGCCACGGGGACCUUAGGUGACAGUAUGUUGGACACAUCAGAUUCUAACCACGAAUUGUCAGGGAUGUACUUUACCACACCAGACAGAAAUAACGACAGAUAUAGUGUAUAUAACUGUGCUGUUAAUUAUGGUGGAGGCUGGUGGUAUAACUCAUGUCACGCGGCCUUCCUUAACGGGAAAUGGUCCCCGGCGACCUGGAAGGAUCCGUGGUAUCCUAUACUAAAGAGUGGAUCACUGAUCAGGGGAACAAUGAUGUUAAUAAAACGCCACUAGAUGGAUAUUCAAACUGGUUUAUACAACAAAUUUACAGAGACAGCCCAUUUGUCAAAUAAAAUAUUUCUGAUAAAAUAGACAUUCUUUUUAUAUUUAUUAUAGGAUUCUAUUCCUUUUUUUUCAAUAAUGUUAAUUAUCCCAUGUUUAGCCUUUAUCACAUUGAUAUAGCUCAUGUGAUAGUGAUUUUGUAUCCUACAGUUGUGACGUCAUAAUGGAUAUGCCAAAGGAAGUGAAAUAAAGUGGAGUCCUCUAUAUACAAAACUGUGUAAAACAUCAAUUGUGAAGUAAACAUGGGAUGAAAAGAAUUUCCCAUGAUAUUUUUAUUGGAUAUGAUCGGGUCUAAAAAUCACACAGUUUGUUGGAAAAAAAAUAAUAUCCAACUGCAAAUCAUGGCAGAUCCUUCAUAAAUCAUAUAGAAAAAAAAAAAUAAAAGAUUAUGCUUUGAGUAGGUUUUGAGGUUGAACUAUCUCCUGAAGGAAUAUGAAUUUUGUUAAUUUUCUUAAGCGAAUUUUUCCAAUAAAAACUACAUUAUUUGUGUUGUAAUAAAUUGAAAAUCAGACAUGUUUUGUUCUUUUUUACGAACACUGCAAAAUGAAGA